UAUUUAAAGUUGCAGAGUGCCAACGCGGACUGAUCUGCUGUUCACACACUGCUAAGGAGAUUUUGCGAGAAGCUCUCGAGAAACUGUAGAAUGAAGCUGCUGAGGUCCCUGGCCUCCAUCUGCCUGCUGGCGGUCGCGGCCCUCUCCGUCCCCACUCAGGAGAAGCGCGUCCAUCACCAGUCGGACCUGAGCGACCGCGCCCACGAUGAUUCUCAUGGCUUCCAGUACGAUCACGAGGCCUUCCUGGGAAAGGAGGAGGCCAAGACCUUCGACCAGCUGACGCCUGAGGAGAGCAAAGACAAGCUGGCGAUGAUUGUGGUCCGGAUUGACACCGAUAAGGAUGGCUACAUCAGCCACGCUGAGCUGCACCACUGGAUCAAACACCGGCAGAGGAGGUACAUCGAGGAGAACGUGAACAAACACUGGAAGGACUACGACAAGAAUCAAGACGGAAAGAUAGGCUGGGAGGAGUACAAGAACACCACCUACGGCUUCUACCUGGAUGAGGAGUUUGAUGACGUGGAGGACAAGGCCACCUAUAGGUUCAUGCUGACGCGGGACGAAAGACGCUUCAAGACGGCUGAUCGAGACGGGGACGGUAUCGCCACCCGGGAGGAGUUCACUGCCUUCCUGCACCCAGAGGAGUUCGACCACAUGAAAGACUUGGUGGUGCAGGAAACAGUGGAGGACAUUGAUAAGAACGGAGAUGGAAAGAUCGACAUAAAUGAAUACAUUGGGGACAUGUUCUCUCCAGAGAGCGGGGAGAGGGAGCCCGACUGGGUGCAGACCGAGAGGAAACACUUCCAUGAGUUCAGAGACGCAAACAAGGAUGGGUACCUGGAUAAUGCUGAGGUGGCGCACUGGGUUCUGCCCGGAGAGGUGGACCACGCAGACAAUGAGGCCAAACACCUGAUCCACGAGACGGACACCGACAAGGAUGGCCUUCUGACACUGUCUGAGGUGCUGGACAACAGCGACUACAUCAUAACCAGCACCAUCACCGACUUUGGAGGGAUGAGGAUGGAUGAGCAUGAUGAGCUGUGAAAAAAGCAGCACAGAACAGAAUAAAUGUUUUCAUGGUGUUCUGCAAAUAUAUCUAGCUUUUACAAAAAGCCAGCCCCUGCAGAGCUCAGGUUCAGCUGCUGCAGAGGAACAGCCUCCUGUUCAGAGAAUGAGGACGCUGCAUAUGGAGUUCAUUUUACCGCUGAAACUCCAUACAGACACUAUAAACUAUCCAGUGUUUCAUUUGAUGUUUAAGGUUAAAUUAAAAUGAUUUGAAAUUCUCUUAAUGUGAUCCUUUACAGCUUAGAUUUCUGUGGAAAUGAUUUAAGAAUAUAGUGUUGAAUGUCAUCAAAGGGGGAGAAUGAUAUAGAAGUGAAAGAAAAUCAGAACAGACAAACAAUGAAUAAUAAUGAAUUUAAUGGAAAACAGUGGCAGUGACAUGUCCAUCACAUACAACAGCUAAUAGUUUAAACAAAGGAACAAAGUCUCUGAAUGUCUCACACUUAUCUCAGCAUCACUACAUUUGGAGGGUUGGUAACCCUAUAAACAGCUGAAAAUCCUCUGAAUCCUUUGUGAAACAGACUUUGUUAUUUUU